GGAAGAAGGCUGUCGUUGCUUUGGAACAGCUUGGUUCUGGCUGGGUUCCCAGCGGGAGGCGCGCGGCUUGCCGUCCGACAGCCACGACGGCUUCCGUUCCAAGGUUACUUUAAAGAUCUUUUGCACCCCCAGGAGCGUCUACUGUCUCUCCCUCUUGGAUUCUUGGUUUCCUCUGAAUACAUCCUCUGCCAUUUUCGUUCAGCGUGUCUGUGAUAGAUUUCAUGUAAUCUUGUGCAUGCCACGACUUUGAAAAUAUCAUCACGCUUUCUGCUACUUUUCUCGUACUUUGAGUAGCAUCUAGAGUCGUCGUUCCUCUCCGACGACGCCUUCAUCGUCAUCAUGGCAGACGAUCAAGCGCCAGAACACCCACAACAGAAACAGCCUACCAAGUUGUCCCGUGCUGGUCAUUUCAUCACGUCCUCUGUCCUCGGCAUCGACACCAACGAGCGAUACGUCCGUCAACCCGAAAGCUUGGGCACGAAAGCCUACCAAAUCCUCGAACCCGCCGAUAUCUACCUCGAGCAAGAGCCCAGUGUCAAUGAGUUCCUCCGGGAGCUGGCGCCAACCCGCGCGGCGGCUGUCAACUACAUCCAGAGCCUCUUCCCCAGCUCGUCGUGGAUCAGGCGUUACAGCGGGCGUUGGCUGUUGGGGGACUUUAUCGCUGGCCUGACGAUCGGACUGGUCGUUGUGCCACAGGCCAUGGCUUAUGCAAUCUUGGCGCAACUGACGCCUGCGUAUGGGCUGUACACAUCCUUCACAGGUGCUGUGCUCUACUGGUUGUUUGGAACUUCCAAGGACAUUGUGAUUGGGACAACCGCCGUCGGCUCCCUGCUGGUGGGCCAGGUCAUCAGUAGUGUUCAGGAAAAGGCACCUGGGGAGUACAGCAACGAGAAUAUCGCCCAUGCCCUCAGCCUCCUAGCUGGCGCUGUCAUGCUUUUCUUUGGUCUUUUGCGGCUCGGCUGGAUCAUUGAAUUCAUCCCGUACAUCCCCAUCUCGGCCUUUGUCACAGCCGCCAGCAUCACCAUCAUGUCGACGCAGGUCCCUACCUGUCUAGGCUUGUCAGGCAUCAACACUCGCGAGUCACCGUACAAGGUCAUCAUCGCCACUCUCAAGGCACUGCCCGACACCAAGAUUGACGCCGCCAUUGGUAUCAGCUCCAUUGUCAUCCUCUUCGCCAUCCGUGACUUCUGCUCAUUCAUGGAGAAGAGACGGCCCGCCAACAAGCGCAUGUGGUCCUUCAUCUCCUCGCUGCGUCUCACGUUUGUUAUGCUGCUGUUCACACUGGUGAGUUACCUCGUCAACCGCACGCGUGACCUCGACAACUCGCCGUUCCGCAUUGUGGGCCGCAUUGAGCCUGGGUUCCAGCGGGCUGGUCUGCCACAACCAGACGCCAAACUCCUCAAGCUCAUCCUGCCUGAGCUGCCCGCCAUCUCCAUCAUCCUCAUCAUCGAGCACAUUGCCAUUGCCAAGGCCAUGGGCCGCAUGUUCAACUACACCAUCACGCCCUCCCAGGAGAUCGUCGCCCUCGGUGCGGCCAACAUGUUCAGCCCAUUUGUCGGUGGCUACGUCUGUACCGGAUCGUUUGGCGCCUCGGCUGUCCUGUCCAAGGCAGGCAGCCGCACGCCCCUCGCUGGUCUUUUCAGCGCGGGUAUUCUCGUUCUGGCGCUGUACGUCUUGACGGCUGUAUUCCAGUACAUUCCCAACGCGGCGCUGGCCGGUCUCAUUAUCCAUGCCGUCUGCAACUUGAUCACUCCGCCCAAGAACCUGCACAAGUAUUGGCAGCUCGCACCUCUCGAGCUCAUCAUUUGGGUCGUCGGGGUAUUGCUGGCCAUCUUUGACUCCCUCGAGACAUCGAUCUAUGUGGGCAUCGCGCUGUCCUUUGUCAUGCUGCUCGUGCGUCUCGCUCGUACCAAGGGUGAGUUUCUGGGCAUUGUACGUACACGCCGCGUCGUCUCCAUGGACAACGACAACGCGAACACAAAGGACAAGGCCAGCCCAAGCGCCUCGCCUCGUCCAUCGAGCAAUAGCUGCGAAACAGCGUCUGAGCGCGACCACUUCCUACCGCUCAGUCGUCGCGACGCCUCCAACCCAGAUAUUGUCGUCGACACUCCCUACCCCGGUGUCUUCAUCUACCGGUUCAGUGAAGGAUACAACUACACCAAUCAAGCGCUGCACAUGGACGUGCUCACACAGUGCAUCAUGGAAAACACAAAGCGGACCUCGAAAGAGCAUUUCGAGAGACCCUCUGACCGUCUCUGGAACGACCCAGGCCCCAGAGAAACCAAGGAGCAGGACCAGACGAGCCUACCCCUUCUACGCGCCGUGGUCUUGGAUUUUGCCGCCGUGAACAACAUGGACAUUACGAGCAUCCAGGGCCUCAUUGACUUUCGCAACACACUGGAGCGACACUGCGCCCCCGACGCGCCAGAAGUGCACUUUGCCAAUGUGCACAACCGCUGGACGCGUCGGGCGCUCGCAGUGUCUGGAUUCGGGUACCCUUCCUCGCAGAACGACGACGCACUGGGCUCGUGGCAGCCCACGUACACGGUUGCGGCGGUACUAGAUCAGGAGCUGCGGCCGGAUAGUAAGAAGAAGUGCGCUGUGGAGGUUGAGGAUGGUGACAUCAAGACGUUGACGCCAAACUCUUGCGUGGCCAGAAGGGGCAUGGCGAGUGUCUGGGGCGUGGAUAGGCCAUUCUUUCAUGGUGAUCUGUGGGAAGCGGUUGAUGUGGCUGUGCGGGAUGCGCAGGUGAGAGAUGGCCGGAUGGGCUGUCAGGUGGACUGCACAACCUCUGAAGGAGAUGGUGAGGAGGAGGAGGAGGAGGAGGAGGAGGAGGAAGAGGCGAGGAGGAACUGAUCUAAUUUGCAUUUCUUGGCGUUCUUGGUUUCGACUGUCAAGAUCAUGGGCACAGAUAUGAUACCAUUUGUUGCAUUUAGCGAGCAUUGCGUGGCUAGAUGAUAUGGACCGUCGGCUACUUACUACCUUCCCCUGCUCGCCUGUUCAUAUAGGCGCGAGUUUAUACAAGACUUAAAAAAGUCCGCAAACUUAUAUAUAUAUCUUGAUUCCACUCGUAUCGAGCUACCUCCGUUUCGUCUCCCUUAUUACUCAGCACGGUAGCUUCAAUCAUACUACUCACGCUCAGAUUCCAAUCUUUGCACAAUCACGAUUUC